AUGGAAGGCGUCACUUCUGACAUCAUUGUGAAUUCCCAUGUUAUUCCUUCUCGUAUGACCAUUGGUCAGCUUAUUGAGUAUUUGAUGGGAAAAGUUGCAGCGCAUCUGGGAAAGGAAGGAGAUGCUACUUCUUUUACCGAUGUUAUUGUAGAUAAUAUUAGCAAAGCUCUUUACAGAUGUGGGUACCAAAUGCGAGGUUUUGAGAUAAUGUACAAUGGUCAUGCGGGCAGGCAACUUAUAGCUAUGAUAUUCCUUGGCCCCCGUUACUACCAGAGGUUGAAGCACAUGGUGGAUGACAAAAUCCAUUCCCGUGGCAGAGGCCCCGUGCAAAUCCUGACAAGGCAACUUGCUGAGGGACGGUCUCGUGAUGGUUGUCUCCAAUUUGGAGAGAUGGAACGAGACUGCAUGAUUGCACAUGGCGCUGCUCACUUUCUAAAGGAAAGGUUGUUUAACCAGAGUGAUGCCUACAGAGUUCACGUUUGUGAGCUUUGUGGAUUGAUUGCUAUUGCAAAUCUCAAGAAGAAUUCAUUUGAGUACAGAGGAUGCAAAAACAAAACUGAUAUUGUUCAGGUUCAUAUUUCAUAUGCAUGUAAGCUACUUUUCCAAGAGUUAAUGUCCAUGGCUAUAGCUCCGAGAAUGCUCACUCCUUAUCAAACAAUCCAAAGAGCAAAAGAAGAAAGUAGCUUGAUAUGCUUGGCCCUAGAUAGUUGCACCCAAGCAGCAGUUACUAAAGCAGCCUUCCUGACCACCUCAUCGAGCUAUGGCCAAGUUUUGUUUUCUUAA